GGUGACAGAGAGACAUUUGAGAACUACUACAGGAAGCAGAGGAAAAAACAGGCCAGACUGGUGCUGCAGCCCCAGUCUAACAUGCACGAGACCGUGGAGGGCUACCGGCGGUACUUGAAUCAGAUCGUAGGCUUCUUCCUGGUGGAGGAUCACGUUCUGCACUCCACACAGGGCCUGUUGACCAGAGCCUUUUCUGAUGAACUGUGGAACAUGGCCCUGUCUAAGAUCACUGCCGUGCUGCGCACACACUCUUCGUACUGCAGUGAUCCUGACCUGGUGCUGGAGCUGAAGAACCUCAUUGUCAUAUUUGCAGACACAUUACAGGGUUAUGGCUACCCAGUGAACAGACUGUUUGACCUGCUGUUUGAGAUCAGAGACCAGUACAAUGAAACGCUGCUGAAGAAAUGGGCUCUGGUGUUCAGGGAGAUCUUUGAACUGGACAACUACAGCCCUAUCCCUGUAGAGACUGAGGAAGAGUACAAGUCUGUGGUUAAUAGAUUCCCCUUCCACGACGCAGAGAUUGAAAAGCAAGCCUUUCCAAAGAAGCUGCCGAUGUCUCAGUCGGUGCCUCAGAUCUACGUUCAGGUCAAGGAGUUUAUCUAUGCCAGCCUGAAGUUCUCCGAGUCACUGCAUCGCAGCUGGACAGAGAUCGAUGACAUGCUUCGUAAAUCCACCAACCUGUUGUUGACGAGGACACUGAGUGGCUGUCUACAGAACCUCAUCAAGAAACCCCAUAUAGGACUAACUGAGUUAGUCCAGAUCAUCAUCAACACAACCCAUCUGGAGCAGGCCUGUAAAUACCUGGAGGACUUCAUCACCAACAUCACCAACGUCUCACCUGAGACCGUACACACCACGCGGCUCUACGGCCUUUCCACCUUUAAGGAUGCACGUCAUGCAGCGGAGGGAGAGAUCUACACCAAACUCAACCAGAAGAUAGAUGAGUUUAUCCAGCUGGCAGACUAUGAUUGGGGCAUGCCGGAGUCAGACGGCCAGGCCAGUGGAUACCUUAUGGACCUCAUCAACUUCCUCCGCAGCACCUUCCAGGUUUUCACACACCUGCCGGGUAAAGUGGCCCAGACAGCCUGUAUGUCAGCGUGUAAGCACCUGUCCACGUCCCUGAUGCAGAUGCUGUUGGACAGCGAGCUGAAACAGAUCAGUAUGGGAGCCGUUCAGCAGUUCAACCUGGACGUCAUACAGUGUGAAUUGUUUGCCAGCUCAGAGCCUGUGCCAGGAUUCCAGGGAGACACUUUACAGCUGGCAUUCAUCGACCUCCGACAGCUGCUGGACCUGUUCAUGGUGUGGGACUGGUCUACGUACCUGGCUGACUACGGACAGCCCACCUCCAAGUACCUCCGGGUCAACCCCUCUACUGCACUAGCACUUUUGGAAAAAAUGAAGGACACCAGUAAGAAGAACAACAUAUUUUCUCAGUUCAGGAAGAAUGACCGAGACAAACAGAAGCUUAUUGAGACAGUGGUGAAACAGCUGAGGAGCCUGGUCAAUGGAAUGUCUCAACACUCCUAGAACAGAGAUGGACAGACACACACACACACACAGACACACACACACACACACACAGACAGACAGACAGACAGACAGACAGACA